AUGUUACAAAAGUACAGAGGGUCUUUUAUGAGAUCUAAAUCACCAUUGGAGGAGCAAGCUUACAGCAUCUUGACACCAUAUGCUUUCAAAAAGUUUCAAGAUGAAUUUGCAAUGGCGACUGGAUAUACAGUGCUUCAGAUAAAUGUAUCUCAGUUUGUGGUGCAAUACUUUGAUACAACAAGAAGCGAAAAACACGUGGUAUUCUGGAAUGGUAGGCAAGCAGCUUGCAGUUGCAAGCAUUUUGAGUUUUGGGGCAUACUUCGUCGUCAUAUUUUGAGUGUGUUCCUUCAUAAAGACUAUUUUCAAAUUCCUGAUGUCUACUUCCUAAUGCGCUGGCGUAGUGAUUUAUUAUCACAAGUUACUAGCAAUAUUCUCUUGUCCCUUCAACAAGUGGAAUCAAAUGUCAGUCUUACAAUAAAUGGCAAUUCAGGUGCUGGAAAUAUUGAUUAUGUUCAUUGUCCUCCUAACUCAAAGACUAAAGGAGGUCCCUCACAUAAGCGGAUGAAAAGGGAAAAAGAUUCAGUAAAAAGAGUGAAGAGUUGUGGAUUUUGCAAAGUUGGAGGCCACAAUAUCACCAAGUGCCCACAUAAGAAAACAAAGACAUCAACACCGAUGCACAUUGGGACAAGCGGAAAAGAGUUGCAGCUGAAUAUGGAAUAA